AUUCAGUCUUGCGCAAUUUUUGAGCGAAAGGUUGCUUUUUGGACUCGGUAGAAAAAACGAGAGGUUCCUUCUUUCGUUACUGAUUUUUUACUGGCAUCUUGGAAAGCGUUUACCAGACAUUGUAUCGUUUUAUUCGUUUUACCGUAAAAUCAUCCUGAUUCAUGGCAACCCUGACGCCCAAAUCUAUUUUUCGUUUUUAUUUUCUUCCACUUUCUCUAUCAGCGGAAUCGAGUCUGGACAUGUAAGGAAACUCAGUUAUUUCCCCGUUCACAUAGCCGAUGAUCUUGAAAAACUAGUCAACCAUGGAAGCAGUGAAUGGCCUUGUUCCCGCGCAAAAUCAGCCGGGCAUUGAGUUACGCCGAAAAGACGAAGAAAGAGGAGAAGAAAGCGAGCUUCUGCAGCAAGUAGCCCCUCGCGUCGUCGAGGAGACAAGCAGCCUAAAAUCACGUUCUUCAAUUAUUUUUUGGAAAUGCAAACUCUGGAUGAUUAUAACAUCUGUUUUUCUAUUGUUGAUCUUUGUGAUCAUUUUAAGUUUAAUUUUGUAUUCAGUGGUUUACAUAGAUGAAGAUGAAUAUUGGGAUUCUGAAUUAAUUGCAGGUGGUGAACCACACAAUUUUUUUGGAAGAGCAAACAUUAAAUGUUCAAAUCCUAAUGUGCUACUCUCAAAAUCUGCAUAUGAUGUGUUUUCUAAAAAUCUUAAUAAGAGGCUUAAGGAUGUAUACAGUUAUUCACCUGCAUUGGGGAGAUAUUUUAUCUCAUCUGAAGUUAUUUCCUUCAGUGGAGAAAACAAUACAGCAUCAUACUACUUGCGAUUCUUGGUGCCACCUGAGAGUGCUGACUUCAUGAAGUAUAGAAUGAAUGAAGAGUUUGUAAUGAAUAUUUUAAGACAAAAUAUAUAUGACAAGCAAAGCAUCCCUGACUUGGAUAUACCUGAAUGUGCAGAUAUAAUACUUGAUCCAUCUUCUGUUACAAUAAAAUUAAUAUAAACCAUCAAUACAGGUGGAAGAAUUGAAUACAGAUUUCAAGAGUGACUUUGGAGGACUCCUCUGAUCUUCUUAUGAAUUUUUAUAUUGCAAAAGCAGAAAAAUAUGGCUGUAUCAAGCAAUUGCACACUUACACAUUCAAAUUUAGAACAACAGUAUAGACUCCUUGAACAGCAAUCAGAGCAUAAUAUAGUACAAGAAACAGGAGCAACAAUUUUAUAAGAAGACAAAUGUUCCAGAUCUCAGAUAAGUAAAAUUCUAUUCAGUAUAGAGACUCCUUUUUGGUGAAAUAACAAGAAGGACCUUUUCUUCAUUUUUUGAACUCAGCUAAAUGGAAUAAAAUUAAGUUAUAAAACAACACCCACAAUUGUAUAGAAAUGUUGCUUUUAUUAUUGCUUAUUAUUUUUGUUACAAUGUUUGUUGGCUUUAAUAAUUCAUAACAAAAUUGAUUACUAAUCACACUAAUUCUAAUGUGUAAAAUACAGUAGGGAUGGACAAGUCUGUCAGUUUUAUUUUCAUUUGUAUAUAUUUUACAGUAAUUCUUUUUCAGUAAAAAAAAUGGUAAUUCCCUAGCAAAUAUAGAUAUCACUAUCUUUUAGCUAUAUAAUUUUAAAUUGUUUGUACCCGACAGAUUAUUAGGAACAAGAUAUUUCUUCUUUGGAAGGACCUUUUUUUAUCUGCUUCCCUAUUAUUGUUAAAGAUGAAGAGCUUGGUUUGCAAUUUUUUAAAAUUGAAAACUCCCUAAUUCAGCAAUAUUCCGCAUUCCAUAUAUUUGUCAGAUUGACACUGCAAGAGUUCUUGUAACUGGCAUUGCAGGGUUUAUGUCCUCAAAAAUAAGAUUGGGUGUCCACAGCAAUUCUUGCAUCUGAAGAUGUCAAUAAAUCCCCUGUGCCAAAGAAAAAAACCAGUGACAUGGUUUUCCCCAUUGCAUGAAUAUUGUUUGAUUUUUUUCUUUCCACACUCUUCCCCAUAUAUAUUUUGUAUUCAAUUUCUCUUACUAUUCCCAAUGUUGAGUCUCCCCAGCUAUUGUUGAAGUGAUAUAAAGCCUGUCUUCAUGAUUCUGUUAAAUCAGUCCAGAAAUCUUUGGAUGACACCAUUAAUUGCUGCUGAGAAACUUGCUAUUCGGGCCUUAUGUUUGUAUCUGGCUUUGUACCUGCUUUGUAUAUCUGUCUCUGCUUUUACUUUGGUUCUCUCUUACAUUUCCUCAGACUGGCAUAUUCAAAGUAGACUUUGGACCUUUUUUUCAGUAAAGCUACUGUAUGGACAAAUUCUCUUUCAAAGCAAACAUUUACUCAGGGUGGAUUCCCAUAGGUGGGAAUUUCCUUUCAGUGUGAAUUCUUCAGAGAUGGGGGCUUUCCUUCUAUUGCAGCAGGUGAAACAAAUGCUAAUUCCCCCCUUCCUCACCUCCUGUAAAUUUAGUAACACCCUUCCCUGACGCAAGCUGCAUGUUCAAAAGCUGCAUAUUCAUUUCAAAGGCACACCUAUCGUAUGCAACAAUCCUAACAGAGAACCUGAAAAGUACCUCCAAUCUUCCCUACUCAGGAUAUUAGGCACUGAGGUUACUAUUCAUCUGUGACAUGGCACAGGCUAUCCUGAGAGAAGCUAUCCUGCUUCAAUGGACAGUUCUCCAAUCCCACCAUGAUCCAAGGGAUGGGUGGAGGUUGCUUGUGAUGGAUUUCACUGAGCCUAAGAAUAAUGAAAACGUUUCCCAAACUUUCCAGAAUAGGAAGACAGGACAUUUUUGUGGAAGGCAGCAAUUAGCAUCUUCUUCAAUAACUUUGAGAGUCCGUCUUAAUGUAAUCCUUGAUAAAUGAGGAUCAAAAUAUAUGUAUCUCAUUUUCAGGAUUCUGUAAGCUAAUCCUUUGCUCAUUGCAAUAAAUAUACUACUUUGAA